AUGAAGGAAGAUAAGGAUUUUCAGGGAUUAGUAGAUAAAGUGUUACGAUAUGCGCUUCGAAAUAUCAACAUACAUAACUGUGUUGGUAUUUGGCGUAAAUUACUGAUUAUGAAAAGCCCGUUAGCUGAGGAGGCUUUCGCUUUUAUUUUGAUACCGAUCACUAGAGGUGUGAUUGAGAAAACCAUUUGCCUCCAGUUCUACAGGCUGGAAUUUGACCAUCUGCAACAUAUACUGGAUCAUGAUAAACUAAAUGUUGGCACUGAAGACGAUGUUCUACACGUCAUUGAUUCUUGGAUAGGUGCAUCUCUCGGUCGCAACAUUCAUCGUGAUAAACUGCUCGGAACAGUUAGAAAAGUCGGCUUGUCCGUCCAGCAACUUAAUUUAUUCAACGAAAAGCAUCUUUCGAAUCUCCUGUCAGAGAAGCCAUUACGCCCACCACGUGAUCAGAUGGUAAUGUUCGGCGGUUGGCAUACCGGUCGUACCCACUCUCGGAUAGACAUUUUUGAUCAGGACAAACACACUUGGAGACCACUUUGCGACCUGAGCCUGGUCCAUCCGAUUGCUUACCACGGAUCAGUAGUACUCAAUGAUGUAAGUAUUCGCAAUCGACAAUGA